AACAGAACUGCCUCUUAAGUUCGCACUGUUAAAACCGUCUCAAAUCGGUAUGCUCAGUUGACGUUUCUCGACCUGAAGAUGAAGCACAACGAUGAGGAGACCAAGACCAAGCAGGUGAACACGGAUGCAUUGCAAGCGGCGAUGGAUGAGCGCGCGCAGACGCGACAGGAAGGUGAGAGGAAAGACGGAGGAGAGGGCGAAGAAGAGGAGAGAGAAGUGGUGACGCUUUCGAGCUGCGUGGACCUCAGCGACGUGCAGGACGGCGAACUCUACUACGUGGGCACAGCAGGAGUAAAGAUCACGGAGCUGGACGGGCUGGAGAACCUGCCGAAUCUGCUUAAGCUUCACGUGCGCUCCAAUAUGCUUCAGUCCAUGGCGAGCGUAGCGUCUCUAGUGCAGCUGGAGCACCUGGAACUAUACGAUAACCAGAUCCAGACGCUCGAGGGCGUGCAAAACCUCGUGAACCUCAAGGUGCUAGACCUAUCGUUCAACGAGAUCCGUGUGAUCCCCGAUCUGAGUCAUCUCACGAAGCUUGAGGAGCUCUAUGUGGCCAACAACAAGCUCAAGAAGAUCUCGGGCAUUGAAAACCUGACGACGUUGAAGAAACUGGAUCUGGGAGCCAAUAGAUUGCGAACGAUUGAGGGACUGGAUGGUUUAACGGAGCUGAGAGAAUUGUGGCUUGGCAAGAACAAGAUCACUGCUAUCCAAGGACUAGAGAAACUGACCAAACUGAAGAUUGUCAGUGUGCAGAGCAACCGAGUGGUGAAGAUCACGGGCUUUGAGAACAACGUGGAGUUAGAAGAACUGUAUCUCAGUCACAACGGCAUUGAGAAGAUCGAGAAUGUGGAGCACUUGACAAAGCUGACUACGAUGGAUCUGGCUGGUAACCGUAUCACGAAUAUUCCGUCGACGCUGGCGCCGCUAGCACAACUGGAGGAUCUGUGGCUGAACGACAACCAGAUCGCACAAUAUGCUGACGUGGAGCACCUUGUACCGCUGGCAGGACUACGCACACUCUACCUGGAGCGUAAUCCACUCGCUCAAGACUUUGAGUACCGAAAGAAACUAGAGGAGCUUUUACCUGAGCUGGACAAGAUUGACGCGACGCCGACGACAAAGGCGAGACAAGGACGCAGAUAAACAUUAGUCUCGCAGUACAGUUUAAAUGCUGAUGAGCUGGGAAUUAUCAUGCCAGCGUGGUUGUACUCGAGUCGGGUUCUUUUGUGAGCUUUGCCUUGGCCAAAUGCAAAUACUUUUGCCACGGCUUCACGUCACCCAUGUCGGUAGUGUCUGUGUGGUCUGGCUGUUGCACACCGUGACUGAACGGCUUACCAUUGGUGAUGUAAAUCUUUGCUGGUGGUGGGUGGAUACUACAGCUGAUAAUAAUGCAGACCAAGCACAUGCCAUUGAUCACAACCAUCCAUGAGCCACAAUGCAAACAUCUCUGUCCUCUGAACUUGCCCUUGUAGAUUGGAAUGGCCAUUACGCCUGCUGUCCCAAGAAAUGCAAACACAGUUGGCACUACCCAAGCUGUAGGACGUUCUUGUGUGAUAGGGAUCGAACGAAGGUGAAGCACCUCGCUGAAGAUGUCAGGCGGGUCCUCGCUCUCCGUUAUAGUCACCGAGCAUUCGACUACGCUACGCCAGAACUCUGCUCCGAAAUUCAAGGAACGCUCAAUAACCACCAAUUCCAGUUUGUAUCCACUCAAAUACGUCGACAAGUUUCGUGUUGGCAUAGGACACUCGAUGAUAGUUUUAUCGUCCAGCGCGUUCCGCCGUGCAAAGCGAUACGUUCUUCUUCCUUUGCUCACGCUCAGACGUUGGACGUCAUUAAGCGGACACGACAAAUUCCACGUCUCGUCAGCUCCUAGACGUGGCACAGGGUUCGUGCAGCACUGUAAGCAGUACUGCUGGUUCAUCAACCACGGAUCUGUGAACUGAGUCUCGAAGGUAUACGCCUUGUGGAAUCCUGCGCUCGCAUUCAAGUCCUUACAGCCAUUGAGGGCGAAUCCAGCAUAACAUUGCUGAAGGAGCGACGUCACAGUCGUAGGAGUGUCCAAUGACUGAAUCGCACCAUAGAUUCCGUACGUGGCCUAAGAAAACAAAAACAAAGAUAAAAAGUUAAAGC